GACGUGGAGGACCCCACACGCCCCGAGGGCUCUGCCGAGCCAGGAGCGCGGCGCCCCCGCAGCAGAGCACCGCAUGCCUCCGGACGUGCGGCAGCUAAAGCUAUCGAGCCCUCGAGCGCCCACGGCCCCCGCGGCCUCGAGCACCCGUGCAGCCCACCGGGCACCCGCCGCGCCGCGGGGAUGGCGGGGAGCACGGCGGCCGCGCUGAUCGUCGCCGCGGCCGCGUGGCGGCCCCUCGGCGCCGGAGCCGCCUGCGACGCCGCAGCGGGAGACUGCCCGCGCGCGCCCGCCGCCGACGACGAGGAGGCGGCGCUGCUGCAGAGGCUGAGCGUCGGGGGCGCUCGGGAGCGCGCGCGCGAGUCGGCCCGCGCAGGGCAGGAGAGGCGAUGACUCCGUUCUGCACGUGCGGCGGGUCGGCGUGCUACUGCCCUGGGACCUCGAACCCGACCAGCUGCAACGGGAGCCCUUUCGCGGGAGACGACAGGUGCGUCUGCGGCCCCAAGGCGUCGGACUGGGUGCCGAAGAGCUCUUGCACCCCCUGGCCCAGCCCUACGCCCGUUCCGACCGCCGCCCCCACGUCCGCGCCGACGCCAGCCCUGCUCCCGUGCCAGGAGGGCCCAGGCCGCGUGACCACCAGCUGCGCGGGCCCGUCGCAGAAGUGCUUCUUCGACCCGAGCUGCAGCACCGCUGGCGGCGUCGGGUGCAACGCCGGCGGCGUGGGACUGAACUGCCGCUUCUGCGACACCGGCGGGGGGGCCCCGGCGUGCCCCGCCUCGCUGCUGGAGGCGGCCGGGGCAGGGCAGGAGGCGACGCCCGCCUUCUGGCCGACGUGGUUCACCUGCGCCGUGGGGGCCACUGUGCAGUGCCCAGGCUCGACCAGCAAGUGUGCGGGGGACCAGUGCUGCGCAGGCUUCGCCAGCGCCCCGGGUGCCACCUUCCCGUGCCCCUCGGCGAGCCGCGGCUUCUCGGGGUGCGUGAACAACACGAAGGUCGCGGACUGCCUGCCGCCGCUGGAGGAGGCGCAGGUCCGGGAGGGCGAGCAGUGCGGCAGCAGCGGCUCCACGGGCCACUUCUACGGCUUCUGCGCCGACGGCCUGGUGUGCGUGCCCCCGGCCGCGGGCUCCCCUCCCGGCGCGCCGAGUAUCUGCCACCGGUUUUGCGGCAGCUUCGGGUCCGGCGGCCAUCGCGUCAACGGCUCCUGCGCGGACGGGCAGACGUGCUCCGGCAGUGCGGCGUUGCCGUGCCUGGAUUGGGCUGCCGAGUGCUACCUGUAUUGCAUGUGAGGCUCUCUGCCUGGCGGUUUUGGGCCUAGCGGCUGGAGGGGGGGGAGGAGUAUCUCUUGUCUCGUGCCGUACCGGUGCCCACUGGAAGUCCUGAUCGGUGGCGCGAGCAAUCGCCAGGGGUCUUUCGAGUUGGUCUCGGACCGGCCGAUGGCCACGCGUCAACCGGAAGAAAGCCAUAACCCCACGAAGCAUGUGGGGAACUAGUCUCGUGCGGCAGUGCCUGACGACUUCUGCUGGCCUCGUCGCGGGGCCCACGCCGUGCCUCUACCGAUUUGACCUCC